GGCACUGACCUCAUACCGGCGGCAGUAGGCCGGCCGUUAGGGGGAAAGUGAAGAGCGAGGACGGCAGUGAAGUUUCGUCUGCUAAUUGAGCAGGUUUUGGUUUCGUUAUGUCGGCUACUUCGUGAAGCGUGCGCUACGAGAUGAGGACGUUGUGUGUGGGGUUGGUUUUAUGGAUACCUCUACUCGUUGCAGCCACGUCCAGGGACAUCACCAUUUUCGCUUAUCAAGAAUUGCGCCCUUGUGAUAUCAUUCUCAUUUACAUAGAACCACAUUACCGGAAGCAAUGUCCAGAAAUCCUUCCUCGUGACUGUCCUUCAGUUUUCGGCUGUCGGGCAGUGCAUGAUAGCAGACGACCGUGUCCUGUCUGCAAGUGCGACGCUCGGUAUUCUCCACCGCCUCCGCGAACUUCAUGUCCUCCACUCAAAGGUUGCCCUGCUGAAUACGGCUGUGAAGUUCGGCAACGUGUUGGAAAAUGUCCCUUCUGCAAAUGUGGUAUCAAGAAACCUCGUAAGCCGAACGAAGUAUGAACGAACUUGUACAGAAUAAAUUCAAAAUUAGGAAAUUUGUCAUGUAAAACGAUGAGAAAGGUCAUUUUAUUGAAGCUCCAUACAGUUCCCUUGCUGGGC